AAGCGCCAGAAUUUAAGCUCCCGCCUCCUACCCGUGUAGCUUUACUGUACAGUAACUGUAACGAGUGUUGUUAAAUUUUGCUUAGUUAUAGCCUUAAAUAAAAUGUCUCACACAGCUAAAAGAGCCUGUCCGAGUCCUCUGAAUGACAGUCUGGAGAAGAGGAUUAAACGCAUCUCUAUUGAAGGAAACAUCGCCGCGGGAAAAUCCACUUUUGUUCGUUUGUUGGAUGAUCACGAGCAGGAAUGGGAGAUCGUACCAGAACCCAUCGCUAGAUGGUGCAAUGUACAAACGCAACACGAAGACCACGAGGAAUUAACCACAUCUCAAAAAAGCGGCGGGAACGUUCUCCAAAUGAUGUACGAGAAGCCCGAGCGCUGGGCGUACACCUUCCAGAGUUACGCCGUCAUGAGUCGCAUUCGAACCCAGAUCAAUUCCACCAAUGGAAAGCUGCGAGAGGCGGAGAAUCCCGUGCAGUUUUUUGAGCGUUCAGUGUACAGCGACAGGUAUAUCUUUGCAUCUAACCUAUACGAAAGCGAGUGCAUGAAUGAAACUGAAUGGGCGAUCUAUCAGGACUGGCACAGCUGGCUGCAUAAACAGUUCGGGCAGCACAUUGAACUGGAUGCCAUCAUUUACCUGCGGGCAAAGCCAGAGCGGUGUUUGGAAAGAUUGCAUCUGAGAGGCCGAGAAGAGGAACAGGGAAUUCCUCUGGAAUAUCUGGAAAAACUUCACUAUAAACAUGAGUGCUGGUUACAUCACAGGAAUUUGAGUAUGGAGUUUCAAUAUCUGAAUGAAGUGCCGAUUCUUACUCUGGAUGUCAAUGAUGAUUUCAAAGACAACACAAACAAGUGUGCUGAUAUGAUUGAGAAGGUGAAAGAAUUUCUAAGCACGCUGUGAUGAAGAAAAAUUGUGCUUUUAUGUUUUGUGUUUGUUUAUAAAGUGAUAUAUAUAUUUUGUACUUGUUUUACAGUCUUGGGGAUUAAAUCCUUAAUAAUAGUAAUAAUAAACUUCUGUUUUCUUUUCUUUUUCAAGAACUUCAUUGCAGGGUUUUCGCUUUUUAUUUGUUGUUAGCCGGUGCUAUACUAUUUAAGGACACACAGUUCUACACUUCAUUUGAAGCAUUACAUAAGCAAAUUUCCUAAAUGUUAUCAGUAAUAAUUUAUCAUCGUAAUGAUGAAGAGCCGAAACUUUCAUUUACUCUGGAUUUCUGAUUACCCAACAGCCUUUUUCUUGACAAUAACAGAGUUAUGAAACAAGUCAAACUUGUUUGCAUUUUUUUAAGUUUUAGUAAAUGUUGUGCAAUUAUACAAUACCAACUAUUUGUACCGCUAAAAAUAUCAUGAACAGAUUUAACCCUCAGGGUUUAAAAUAAAAGUCAUUCCUGGAAAGAA